CGGCAGCAGCGGGAGCGGCGCCGGGAUCUGGGGCUUGCAGCUUCCGGGCUCCAUUGCAGGCCCUCCGGUGGCGGGCACGCGGGAGCCGGGGCUGGCAGCGGGCUGAGACCCUCCGGCAUGGAGCCUAGGAAGGAGCUGUGCCAGAGCCGACUCCAGAUCGAGGAGCGGGAGGAGAAAGUGGAGGUGAAGGAGAAUGCAGAGAAGGAGGGGGAAGAGGAGGAGGAACUGGAGAAGGAGGCGGAGGAAGAGCAGCAGGAGGAAGGUGAAGGUAAAGCUGCCGCGGGCGCCUCUGUGCCUGUCGAGUGGUGCCCCCAGUGCGGGCAGAGCCUCCCGCCCGACUGGCAGCCGCAGGAACAGCAGUGCCCCCAGCCUGGCACCCAGCGCUUCAUCUGCACCCACUGCGGCCAGAGGCGCUCUGGCCUCCUGCGGUGGCAGCGGGAAGGUACCCAGCUGGGCCCCAAGCUACGGCUAGUCUGCGGUGAGUGUGGCCAGAGCUUUGCCAGCAGGUCUGGUCUCAGCCGGCACCGCCAAAUCCAUGCUGGGAAGAAGCAGUUCCCCUGUGUUGACUGUGGCAAGAGCUUCACCAACAGCUGUGCUCUCCUUGAGCACUGGCACGUCCACACCGGGGAGAAGCCUUACGGCUGCGACGCUUGUGGCAAAAACUUCGCCACCAGGUCUGGUCUCAGCCGGCACCGGCAAACACAUGCUGAGACAAAACAGUUCCCCUGCCGUGACUGUGGGAAGAGCUUCACCAACAGCACUGCUCUAAUCCGACACUGGCACAUGCACACUGGGGAGAAGCCAUACGGCUGCGGUCUCUGCGGCAAGAGCUUUGCCCGCUGGUCUACUUUCAGCUGUCACCGAGCCCUCCACACUGGGCAGAAGCCACACAUUUGUGGUGUCUGUGGCAAGAGCUAUGCCAGCAGCUCUGCUUUCAGCCUGCAUCGCCAAACCCAUACUGGAAAGAAAAGGUUUCCCUGCGGUGAAUGUGGCAAGAGCUUUACCAGAAGCUCUGAUCUCAGCCAUCAUCGCCGCAUCCACACCGGGGAGAAGCCGUACAGCUGUGGUGACUGCGGCAAAAGCUUUACCAGCAGCUCUUAUCUCAGACAUCACCGUCGUCUCCACACUGGGGAGAAGCCAUACAGCUGUCAUGACUGUGGCAAGACCUUUGCCAGCAGCUAUGGUCUCAGCCAGCACUGCCAAAUCCAUGCUGGGAAGAAGUUCCCCUGCAGUGACUGCGGCAAGAGCUUCACCAAUAGCACUGCUCUAAUCCAACACUGGCAUGUCCAUACUGGAGAGAAGCCUUACAGCUGCGCUGUCUGUGGCAAGAGUUUCACCUACAGCUCUACUCUCAGAAUUCACCAUCGCAUCCACACCGGGGAGAAGCCCUACAGCUGUGGUGACUGUGGCAAGAGUUUCACCUACAGCUCUACUCUCAGAAUUCACCGUUGCAUCCACCGCGGGGAGAAGCCCUACAGCUGCAGUGACUGUGGCAAGAGUUUCUCCAACAGCUCUGCUCUCAGGAUUCACCACUGCAUCCACAGCGGGGAGAAGCCAUUCAGCUGUGGUGACUGUGGCAAGAGCUUCUCCUACAGCUCUUCUCUCAGAAUUCACCAUCGCCUCCACACCGGGGAGAAGCCCUACAGCUGCAGUGUCUGUGGCAAGAGAUUCACCUACAGCUCUACUCUCAGAAUUCACCAUCGCAUCCACACUGGGGAGAGGCCCUACAGCUGCAGUGUCUGCGGCAAGAGUUUCACCAACAACUAUACUCUCAGAAUUCAUCAUCGCAUCCACAGCGGGGAGAAGCCCUACCGCUGCGGCGUCUGUGGCAAGAAUUUCACCUACAGCUCUGCCCUCAGAUGUCACAGUCGCCUCCACACCGGGGAGAGGCCCUACAGCUGCAGUGUCUGCGGCAAGAGUUUCACCUGCAGCUCUACUCUCAGAAUUCACCAUCGCAUCCACACCGGGGAGAAGCCCUACAGCUGCGGUGAGUGUGGCAAGAGCUUUGCCCAUAGCUCUAAUCUGAGAGAUCACAGUCGCCUCCAUGCAGGGAGGAAGCUGUACAGCUGUGGUGAAUGUGGCAAGAGCUUCAACAGCAGUUCGGCUCUCAGAAGUCACAGUCGCCUCCACACCAAGGAGAGGCCUUUCUGCUGUGGUGACUGUGGCAAGAGCUUUACCAGCAGUUCUGGACUCAACCAUCACCGUCGCAUACACACCGGGGAGAAGCCCUACAGCUGUGGUGAAUGCGGCAAGAGCUUUACCAGCAGCUCUGUUCUCAGACGUCACCAUCGCACCCACACCAAGGAGAAGCCGUACAGCUGUGGUGAGUGUGGCAAGAGCUUUGCCCACAGCUCUACUCUGAGAGAUCACAGUCACCUCCAUGUAGGGAGGAAGCCAUACAGCUGUGAUGACUGCGGCAAGAGCUUCACCAGCAGCUCAGCGCUCAGAAGUCACAGUCGUCUCCACACCAAUGAGAGGCCUUUCUGCUGUGGUGAGUGCGGCAAGAGCUUUACCAGGAGCUCUGGACUCAGGCAUCACCGCCAAAUCCACACCAGUGAGAAGCCCUACAGCUGCGGUGAAUGCAGCAAAAGUUUUACCAGCAGCUCUGGACUCAGGCAUCACCGUCGCCUCCACACCGGGGAGAAGCUAUACAGCUGCGAUGACUGUGGCAAGAGCUUUACCAGCAGCUCUGGUCUCAGGCAUCACCAUCACAUCCACACUGGUGAGAAGCCAUACAGCUGCGGUGAGUGCGGCAAGAGCUUUACCAGUAGCUCUGGUCUCAGGCAUCACCGUCGCAACCAUGCCGGAGAGAAGCCAUACAGCUGCGGUGAAUGCGGCAAGAGCUUUACCAGCAGCUCUAGUCUCAGCUAUCACCGUCGCAACCAUGCCGGAGAGAAGCCAUACAGCUGUGGUGAAUGUAGCAAGAGCUUUACCAGCAGCUCUGAUCUAAGCCGUCACCGUCGCAUCCACACCGGGGAGAAGCUGUACAGCUGUGGUGGCUGUGGUGUGAGCUUCCGGCAGAAGAGAGAUCUGAGCAAGCACCUGCACAGCUGCAGGUACCAGAAGAUGAAAAGUGACAGCAAAGCUUCCAAGGGUCUCCUCUGCCAUUGCCAGCAGGAGGAGAAGCAGGAGGAGCACAAGGAUGAGGCAGAGGAAGAGAACAAGCAGCAGGGUCAAGGUGAGACCCCCAGCAUGGAGCCUCAGAAGGAGCUGAGCCAGAGCUGCCCUAAGACCAAAAUGCAGCAGCAAGAGAAAGAGGAGGAACUAGAAAGUGGAGGAGAAGCAGGCGGAAAAGGAGGUGGAAGAGAUCGAGCAGGAGGAGGAGGAGCAGAGCCUCCUGCCCACCUGGCAGCCAGGGAAGCAGAGGUGCCCCCAGCCUGGCAACCAACGCUUCAGCUGCAGCCACUGUGGCCAGAGGCGCUCCAGCCUCCACCACCAGCAGCAGGGUGGCACCUAGUCAGGUGCCAAGCUCCUGUUGGUCUACAGUGAGUGUGGCAAGAGCCUUCAUACUGAGUUUUCACUGCAGCAUUAACGCCGGGAAGAAGCUGUAUGGCUGCAGUGACUGUGGCAAGAGCUUUCCCUACCGGUAUGCUCUCAGUCAUCACCGUCUCACCCACAUUGGGGUGAACAUGCAGUGAGUGUGGCAAGACCUUUGGCAGCAUCACUGAUCUCAGAGUUCACCAUCACAUUCACACUGUCGAGAAGCCAUUGCACUGUGGUGUCUGCAGCAAGAAGCUCACCACCAAAUCCCAACUGACCAAUCACCACCACAUCCAGACUCGGGGGGAGAAGCCACAGAGCUGCGCUGACUGCGGCGAGAGCUUCUGGCAGAGCUACACCCUGACCUUGCACCUGCACAGCCACAAGCACCAGAAGAAGAGCAGCCACAAAGUAUCCUCACUCCCAGCCGCACCAGGAUAUGCUCAGCAGCCAUGGGCCCCUCCUGCCAAUGCUGGUGCCAGGAUGCCCUGCCAAUAGAGCUGCCCCAACCAUGACCAUUCCUCUGGGACUUGCAGUCCUGGGAUGUGGGGUGGCUGCACCAACUGCUCCAGUAACACCAGUUGCUGCUGUGCCACCCCCAGGCAGAGCCCUGAAAUGCGGUCUCCAUAAGCUCUGCUAGAUGAUGUCACCAUCAUCACCAUCACCACUCCUCACCAACACCAGCACCAGCUUGGUACACUCAGGGAUAAAGCAAUUGUCCCAUGUUGCUGCACAUCAGAGAUUCCAUGGAAAUUGAGCCUGCAGCAGGGAACUAUCCCAAUAAAAGACUUCCCAAGG